AUGUAUGGGAAGGGCAAGAAGGCUGGAAAGGACCUGGUGGGAUUAUCAGAGAAACUGAUGAUGUCAGGAGAAACGAGUGCUGCUUUCAUCCCUUCUGGUGCCUUAAGAAAGGCUGGCAGAGGGGAGAGGACAGAUGGGAGUCGAAGUGGCCGAGGGAACAUUUUUAAUAGUUUUUGCCGGCAUCCAUCCCCACUGGUGACACCAUCCAUACUGGAGUCCCUGACGUUGUCCACAGCUAUAAAGUGUGUCCAAAGAGGGACCUGCACCUUACACCUGAGUGUCAGUGCCAGCCUCAUCAUGGAAGAAAGCAUCCGAGGCCUGGAGAUCUGCCUCCUGUCCCUGGACACACAGGAGACAAGGUGUCACAGCACCAGGAUCCCCAGGGUCGCCAGUCGGAAGAUGGUGGGCAGAAUGCUCCAGGUGCGCUUUGACUGUUUUGAAGUGAAUGUUGCUCAGCACGUCUACGUCACCCUGAAGACCAUCCCCUAUUACUGCGAGGUCCAGAUCAGCCGCGAGUACCACGUGGAAGACUGUACAAAUGCCGAUGUGGGCAGAAGCAUCCCGGCCUGCUCUGGUGAGUGUCCUGGGCGGCCGCCAUCCCCUGCUGGGGGGCUCAGAUACGAAGUUGACCAGGCCCAGAAGGCCAUCAGGGUGCGCUUCACAGACAUAGCCGAGGGCCAGGCCUACUACGUCCGGCUGUGCCUCAAGUGGUUCGCUUGCGAAGACCACAGCCCGCCAGUGCUAGUGAGUGCGGCCGCCCGGAGGGUGGAUGCAGCCCAGCCUGGGAAGGACGAGGUGUCCCUGCCCUACGCCCAGCUCCUGCCGUGUCUGUGUAUCGAGGGCUGGGCUGCUGUCCCCGAUGCCAUGAGAGUCCAGAUCUGCCCCUUUGAAAAUGGCAA